AUGCUGAGCGUGCCGGAUGCCAACCUGGCUGCCUGGCUAAGCGAGGUGAAUCAACAGUUGGCCAUCGUUUACGAUCGGGAGCAGUUGGCUUUAAUGCAGAGCGAGCUUAGCGUUGGCAAUGAGUUGCAAGUAGAGCUGGCUAAUGAAGCUUUGGUAAACUAUACAAAGUUGGUCAAUUCACGCGCAGCCAAGCUGAAGCGACUGCAGCUGGGCGAUGCACUGCAGCGACGUCAGCUGCAGCGCUUGCCACAGCUGGGCUAUGAGGCACUGGAGCAGCAUGAGCUGGCGCAGCUCUAUGCGCUAACAGCCAACAUGAGCGAUGGCUAUAAGCAUCUCAAGAUGUGUGCUUAUGAGCAGCCAGGCAAUUGCAGUCUAAGACUCGUGCCCGAAGUGCUGCAGCUGCUGGGGCAGUGCGACAAUCCUCAAGAGAUUGAGUACUAUUGGCUUGAAUGGCGUCGCGUGGCAGGCUUGGGCAGACGCAAACAGUUUCUUAGCUUUAUGCAGCUGUACAGCAAGACAGCCAAGGCUAAUGGCUAUGCGCUGGCUGAAGAUUAUUGGUUUCAUCAGCUGGAGUUGAGCGGCCAGCAAGCCUUGGCGCUGCUAGAGCAGUUGAUGGCUCAGCUGCGUCCGCUGUUUCUGCAAUUCCAUGCGCAUGUGCGUGGUGCUUUGAGGCAACUUUAUGGUCUGCAACUGGUGCCCAGGGGACGCGCCUAUCCGCAGCAACUAGCUGAGCUGUACUUGGCCAAGGCCUUUAGGCAGGCGGGCACUGAUUGGGUGCUCGACUUACCUGCCAGAGCAAUUGGUGUAUUCAACAUAAGCGCAGCGUUGCAGCGACGUGGCUUGGCUAAUACUAGACGCAUGUUUUGGAAUGUGGCAGAGUAUUUUCGCGGCUUGGGCUUGCCACAAUUGCAAAAUUCGCUUUGGUCGCAUGCUCAGCCUUUGAGUCAGCAGGAUGAUGAUGAAUGUUGGCACAAAGUCUGGACUUUCCACGCCGCCACCAGCAACAAUUUUACUUAUUGUGCACUGCAGGAUGAGCAGCGCUUCUUUAAUAUGUUUGAGGCACAGCUGGAGCUGCAUUAUGCACACGCCGUUGCUAGGCAGCCCGUGUUGUUGCGUGAGGAGCCUCUGCCCCACUUUAAGGAAGCUUUGGGAAAAUGUUUUGCCUUGGCAGCAAGCUCACCGCGUUAUCUGCGACGUCUGGGCUUGCAGCAGCCAUCAGCGCUAUGGAGCAGUUUGCCUGCGCGACUUAAUCGUUUGUAUAUUCAAGGCCUGCAAAUUGUUUUUCUAUUGCCAGUGUUCUAUGUGCUCGAUCGCUAUCGUGUCGAACUGCUUAGUGGUCAGCAUCAAGCUGACGCCAAUGAAGCCUUUUGGCGUCUGACGGAGCUAUAUACAGGCGCAAGAGCGCCAAUCCAGCGCAGCAAUGCACAGUUUGAUGCACCCGCCAAGCUGCUUAUGGAGGUGGACGAUCAGUAUACCAAUCACUUGCUCAGCACUGUGCUGCAGUUUCAGCUUUAUAAGCAUCUCUGCUCUGCUACAGGUCAAUACAUCAAGGAUUCAACUGACAAGCCAUUGGAUCUUUGCGACUUGUCAGAUCAGCGUGCAAUUGGACCAGCCUUGUAUCAAGUCAUGGCAUUGGGCUCUACAUUGCAUUAUAGAGAGAUCUUGCAACAACUGGUGGGCCACAGCGAGUACAGAAUGGAUGGUCUGCUGACAUAUUUUCGACCCAUACAAGAUUGGUUAACCUUGCAGAAUCGUCAAAAUGGGUUUGAAGUUGGCUGGACAUAG